AUGGUAGCGGCCUCAUACGGUAGUCGUUUCCAGGCGUUUAUGAACCACCCAGCUGGCCCAAAGACUGUGUUCUUUUGGGCCCCGAUGAUGAAGUGGGGUCUUGUUCUUGCCGGUCUGGGUGACUUGGCACGUCCCGCCAACAAGCUGUCUGUGUCGCAAAAUGCGGCGCUCGCUACCACGGGUAUGAUCUGGGUCCGCUACUGCUUUGUUAUCACACCUGUAAACUACCCUCUGGCCGCUGUUAACUUCUUUGUCGGCACCACUGGUCUCGUCCAGCUGGCUCGUGUGGCUUACUACAAAUACACACACCCUGAAGAGGUGGCCGCUGCUCCUCUCACCACGGAGGCCAACAACAAGAAGCUUUAA